CCGCUUCGCUCUUGCCGCACAUCUUCCGAAUUUUCCCAAUCCCCUCCGACUGUAUCCCACCUACACCUCUCUUUCCCCCAGCCUCGUCGAUCACCACCGCCAUCCACUCAUUUCCAUGCCAUUCAAGCCACGCUUGGAAGGACUGGCGUAACUGACAUUCGUUCUCCCAGAUCUCACCAGCUCACUGUUCCAUCGGACACCAUGUGCAAAACCCACGCUGAGUCAUAACCACUCAGUGUCGCAUCGAUUCCCUCACCCGCCUCACAACACACACCAUGCCUCCAGCGGCUCCACCAAAGAUCCGGAGGCUGGGCUCUCUCAGCAAAAAGUCUCUCGCCAAUCGAUCCAAGGCGUCGCAAAAGCCCCCCGCUCGUGCUCCGACAUGUUGCGACAACCCGAAGAUCGAAGACGAUGGCGAGGGUCGAAUGGUCUGCCAGAACUGCUUUACCCAAGUCAGUGAAUCCAACAUUGUUGCCGACGUCACCUUUCAAGAGGAUUCCAGAGGUGCAGCAACCGUGCAGGGUGGGUUCGUAGGAGAGAAUGCUCGCCACGCUCGCACGCUGGGCUCCGCUGCCUUCCGUCGAGUCGGCGCCUCGGAAAAGAAUUCCCUCCAGGAGAUCGAAGCCAGUGGCCGUCGCGCCCUCGGAUCUCUGUGUCCCAAACUCGGUAUUCCGGAAACGACGGCCACGCAGGCACUGGCCCUCUACUCCCUCGCUGCGCAGCACAACUUCGCCGCCGGCCGACGCACUGACGAGGUCAUUGCCGCCUGCCUCUAUGCUGCCUGCCGUCGUCAGAAGGACAAUGCCAUCCUGCUGAUCGACAUUGCGGAACUACAGCAUCUCAAUGUCUUCCGGCUGGGCGAGGUCUACAAAUCCAUGAUCUCGGAGCUCUACCUCGACGAGAGUGUCGUCGGCGGCGUCGGUACGCAAUACUUGGUCGAGGUUGAAUCUCUGGUUAUGAAGUACUGCAAACGACUCGAGUUCGGCGAGGCCACUCGUCAGGUUGCCGAAGAUGCUGUUCGCAUCAUCCGUCGCAUGAAGCGAGACUGGAUGGUCACCGGUCGACACCCCGCCGGACUGUGCGGAGCCGCCAUCAUCCUCGCUGCGCGCAUGAACAACUUCCGUCGCUCCACCCGCGAGGUGGUGUAUGUAGCCAAGGUGGCGGACAUGACUGUGGCCAAGCGCGUGGAGGAGUUUAGACGGACCAAGAGUGCCGCCCUCACCGUGCAGGAAUUCAGGCAGUACGGGGUGCUCCUCAAGGACACGCAUGACCCACCGGUGCUCUACGAGUCAGAGCUGAAGAAGCAGAAAUUCGAAGAGAAAAAGAGGAAGCGACGGGAGGCAGGCGAGGCGCGGGACAGCGUUGACAUUUCGGACGCUGGAUCCGAUGCCGGCAGCCGCGAGACUUCGGCAAACCCAGACGCAGACCAAGUUGCACAAGAUAGUCCGCCACACAAGCGCCGCAAAAGUUCUGGGGGCCCCCAGAGUGGCACUCCAGCUGCACAGCAAGAGCCCCGCCGUGAUGCUGAUGGCUUCUUGAUCCCCGCUCUCCCCAUCGACCCUACCCUGACCGGAGGCACCCCGGAGGCAGAGACACCCAAACGUGGUCGGCCCAAAAAGCAACCGCCCGCACCGAUUGUGGUCACCGAGGAGGAAUUGAUCACCGAGGCGGAGCUGGAGAACGACAUUGAACAUGUCCUCAACGACGACGAAAUGGUCGACUCGCGUAAUGAGCUGGAAAAGGCAAAGGAUGAGGAGAGGGCGAAGACGCUUGCCGAGCAGGAGAAGAAAAGCGAUGCCGAGAAGAGUCAGUCGCGUCGGAGCGCGGAGGGCAUCAACUGGUGGGAGGCGAAGACGAUGGAUCAGAUCCAGGAGCCGACAGCGGAAGAUCUGGAUGCGGAGUUUGCGGACGAUCCGGAGGUGUUGAAUUGUAUGUUGUCUCCUGAUGAGCAGCAGGUGAAGGAGCGGAUCUGGAUCAAGGAAAACGAGGACUGGUUGCGCUUGCAACACGAAAAGAAGCUACGCCUGGCCGUCCAAGAGGCGUCGGGACGUAACGAGAAGGGCAAGAAGAAGAACAGGAUCGUGAAGCGAAAGAAAAAGGGCAGGAUGGGAGAUGGAACGACCAUGGCGGAAGCGACGACGCCGAUUGAGUCGCCUGCCGAUGCCAGUUUGUUGAUGCUCGAGAAGCAUGCUCCGCCCGCAUUCUCGAAGUACAUCAAUUACGAGGCGCUGCGCAAAGUAUACGAGCCGAGUUCGUCGAGCUUCAGCGGCAGUCGAGCGGGCAGCCAGACGCCGAGUGUCAGUGAGAUGGGUUCCGGCAGGACUCCGUCAGCGAGUCCCGCACCGGAGCUUCGAAGCGCGACGGUGCGCUUGCAAACACCGCCAGCGACGCAGGGCCCCGGCAAUCAUGGCAAAGCGGCGUCUCUUGCAAAAGGGCAGCAAGCACCUCUCUCGCCACCUCAGACGCAGACGCAGGCAAGCGCAGGGGCGGAAGAAGCAGAGUCCGAGGGCGACGAAGACGAUUACGUGCAGGACGAGGAGCUGGACUACGGCUCGGAUGCGGGCACCACGCGAGGUUGGGGCUUUGGCGAGCAGGAUGAUCGGGAAGAUAUCGGCGAAGAUGACUAUAGAAGGGCCAUUAAUCCCGAGUCUUACCUGGAUGGCGCGGCUGACGAUGAUGAGUAUUGAGUGUGAGUGGGAUGGACAAGGGGCAGCAAUUGGGAGACACAUGAGCAGCGCUUGGCUUGAUGUUCUGGCCCUUCACGAUAGCAGACCGCGCGUAUCAGCUAGGCAACAACAAUGAAGCU